AUGCAUCUUUCAAUCCCUUUGACCCCACUGGCAAUCGCUCUCUUGGGCGUUUCCGAACUCGUAUCUGCCCACGUCGUCUUUGUUAAGGCCGUGGGAAGUGGUGAUGAAAAAAUUGCUGGUUACGGAUUGGGUUAUGACGCAAGCAACAAACGAGAUAGCGGUGGUUUCUUCCCUUGGCAGAAGGAUGUCACAGUUUUCGACCACAAGGUCGUUCACAAUAAAUGGAACAAGAAAUAUAUUCACACUGGAUGCGGUGUUACCACGGACUCUCUGGUUACUCAGGUCCAAAGAGUCGACCAAGCGGGUUGGAUGCACGUAGCUAAUAAAAAGAAGGCAUGGCCAUGGCCAUGGCAGGACACUAUCGCCGGAGGGUUUAACGAUAUCAAAUGGGGCAUUGACCACAUGGCUUGGUUGGAGUGGGGCAAGAAGACCAGAUUUGAUAACGCUAUUAAGCAGACUCUCAAUAGUGGUAUCCCCAAGGUUGUUCCAGGUGGAAAGGUCAAGAUCACAGCCUGGCAGGUCAACCAGGACGGCGGCGGUCCUUUCAAGUGCAUGAUCGACUACAACGGUAACGCUAACCAGUGGACAACCGAAGGCUUGCCAGUAACCACAAGCUGCCAAGGUAAUGCCGACUCUAUCCGCCCGUGGGGCGCCCCAGCACCAUGCGAGAUCGAGGUUACGUUACCCGCGAACUUGAAUUGCGUCGGGAAGUACACUGCUCAAAGAAUUUGCAUUCUUAGAUGCCAAAAUCAGGCCCAUAACGGUCCCUUUGGAGGAUGUAUUCCUCUCCAGCAGCUCGAGCCUACUCCGCAGAAAGUUGUACAAACGAAAAAAGUUCAGGUUCCUGUCGUUAAGCCCGCCGAGACCGUUGUACUCCCUCCUAAGGUUGUUACUGUCACCAAGGAUAACAUCAUCACAAUCAUCCAGGGUGGUCACACCAGAGUCUCCGUCCCCACAAAGAAUAACAUUGUCACAUUGACUCAAGUCAUCGAGCGGCCACCAAAGACCGUAGUCGAAGUUCAGGAAAAGACCGUUGUUAUCGAGAAACAGGUUUACCCCACGAAGGUACUUACGGAUAUCGGAAAACCUAUUAAACCUUCCCCCAGACCACCAACAAAUAGGAAGCCUACUGAAGCAGAGCUUAAAGCUGGUCUCGGUGGCGAAGAAUAUGAUGAUAGUGUCAUCGAGGAACUCAGGAACGUCUAUAUCACUGAUGAGGAGAAGCAAAAGCUUGGGAAGCAAGCUAGUCAGAAGAGCUCAUACUAUAAGCGAAAGCUUAGGUUCCGCCGAAAUGCUGAUGAAGAGUAA